CGUAAUCAAGGCUGCUCACUCCCCACACGCUGACCAAUCGGCCGACAACACGAUUCGAUUCGAAUUUUAAAAUUCCUUGAUUAAAAACUACGAAAAUGUUAAGCUAAAAACCUUAUCGUCAGUGUAUUGCGAAUAGUUUGUCGGUCGAAAAUCUAAAUAUGCCCAGUCCCGUGUUCGUUAGCGACAUUAUGGCCGGUAGCGUGUGGCUCAGGAUCACCCCGUAUUUGGUGUUGUUGGCUUUGGAGACCGUCGUCGAAGGUCUAUCGCAAACUGAAAUAAACAAGCAUCUGGAAUUGGGUAAAGAAUACCUUUCUAAAGGUCAGCUGGGGGACGCUUUGAGUCACUAUCAUUCCGCUGUGGACGGGGACCCCACAAACUACCUCACCUAUUUUAAAAGGGGCACGGUUUAUUUAGCCCUAGGAAAAGCCAAAAAUGCCUUGGGAGACUUCGAUAGGGUUAUAGAGCUGAAGCCCGAUUUCACUGCCGCUAGAAUCGAACGCGGUAACAUUCAUUUGAAACAGGGCAAUUACGACCAGGCUCAAUUAGACUUUUAUAAUGUUCUCAAAGUAGACCCCCAUAAUGUGGAGGCCCAUGACUUAAUGCAGCGAAUAGACCCGGCUAGAAAUAGUAAACGAACUGCAGAAUAUUAUUACGGAAUGAACGACUAUGUCAGUGCUAUUCACUAUUUAUCAGAGACAAUAGAAAUGAGCCCUUGGGCCUUUGAUUUGUACGAAUUUCGAGCCGAAUUGCAUUUGGAAAACGGGGACGAAAUGGCAGCAAUUUCCGAUGUUCGUGUAGCCACCAAAUUGCAAAGUGACGACACCGCUGGUUACUUGAAAUUAUCUCAAAUGCUCUAUAAAAUUGGACACGCCACAGAGGCUCUAAAAGCUAUCAGGGAGUGUUUGAAAUUAGACCCAGAACACAAAGAGUGUUUCAAGUUUUAUAAAAAAAUUAAAAAAAUCGAAAAGUUUUUAGUUGAAGCUGAAACUGCUAUGGAAAAUCAAAACUACAUUGGAGGUAUUGAAGCAGCUCUAAAAGUUAUCAAAAACGAAAAAGAUGUUCGCCAAAUCAUUUUUGAAGCCAAACGAAUACUUUGUGGCUGUUACGCCAACGAAGAACAAACUGAAGAAGCCAUAACCGCCUGUACAGACGCCCUAGACAUCACAGAAGACCCAAAUGUGUUCUGUGACAGAGCCGAAGCCUAUCUUCAAUCCGAACUAUACGACGAUGCCAUAAGGGAUUUCAAGGCUGCUUUAAAAAUAGACAGCAAUUUAGAAAAGGCCAAAGAAGGCUUAAAUAAAGCCGAAAAUAGACAGAAACAAGCAGAAAGAAGGGACUAUUAUAAAAUUUUAGGUGUAAAGAGGACAGCAACCAAAAAAGAAAUCGUUAAAGCCUAUAGAAAAGCGGCCCAAAAAUGGCACCCCGACAACUACCAAACUGAUGAAAAAAUGAAAAAGAUUGCGGAAAAGAAGUUCAUCGAUAUCGCUGCUGCUAAAGAAGUGUUAACGGACGAAGAAAAAAGGAGACAAUUCGAUAGCGGAGAAGAUCCUCUAGAUCCUGAGUCAGGCAAACAUCAAAACAUGCACCCCAAUUUCCAGCACUUCCAAGGUUUCCAAGGGAGCCCGUUCCAGUUUAAGUUCCAUUUCAAUUAGAACCAGGAGCGUGUACAUAAUACAUAAAUUGAAUAUGGUUUUCUUGGACUGAAUUAAGUUAUUUAAUUAAGAAUUAUUGUAAAUAUUUAUUUCAAUUUAUUAAACGUUUU